UGUUUGCUUCCUGUCUUGACCGGAAGUGAUACACAUCACACACAUCUUUCAGCUGUCAUGGCUGAAAAGAGGAAUGCUUCAGGGCUGCAACUGCUGCCUUUAUUAAUAGCUGUGGCUCUUUUGCAUUUAUUCAUUUGUCCGUUCACAAAAGUUGAGGAGAGUUUUAAUUUACAAGCGGCGCACGACAUUCUGUAUCACAGGCUUAACUUUGACAAGUAUGACCAUCACGAGUUCCCUGGUGUGGUGCCACGGACUUUCCUUGGCCCUCUGUUUCUCUCCAUCCUCUGCUCCCCUGUUGUGUUUCUGUCCUCUCUGCUGGAUGCACCGAAAUUCUACACACAGCUGACAGUCCGAGCUUCCCUGGGAGUGUGUGUUGUCGGUGCACUGUGGCACAUGCAGAAGGAGGUGAGGAGGCAGUUUGGCUCCACAGUUGCGGGGCUCUUCUGUCUGAUGUGUGCUUCUCAGUUUCACCUAAUGUUCUACAGCACCAGGACGCUCCCUAAUGUAUUUGCACUGCCAAUAGUUCUGGUAGCGUUCACAUCGUGGAUGGCUCAGAAAUACGGCCGGUUCAUCAGCCUCUCUGCUUUAGUCAUCAUUGUGUUCCGGUCAGAGCUCUGCAUCUUCCUGGGUCUCAUGUUACUGACAUCACUGUUGAGCAGGAAGCUAGGACUGCUGCAGCUGCUUUAUUAUGCUGUUCCCGCUGGGAUCUUGUCACUGGCUCUGACGGUGGCCGUUGACACCUUCUUUUGGAGAAAGUUGUUGUGGCCUGAAGGUCAGGUUUUGUGGUACAACACUUUUCUCAACAAAAGUUCCAACUGGGGAACCUCUCCCUUUCUGUGGUACUUUUACUCUGCCGUGCCCCGCGCCCUGGGCUGCACGCUGCUCUUCGUCCCCCUCGGCCUCCUGGACCGGCGGAUGAGGCUGCUGCUGCUCCCCACCGUGGGCUUCAUCCUCAUCUAUUCGCUGCUGCCCCACAAGGAGCUGCGCUUCAUCAUAUACACCUUCCCUGUGCUCAGCUUGGUGGCUGCCCGAGGCUGUUCUUUCAUUUUGUGCAACUACCGGAAAUCCUGGAUGUAUAAACUGGGCUCUGCAGUUGUGGUUGGCCAGCUGUUGACCAAUGCAGCGUACUCUAGUAUUAGUCUCUACGUUUCCCACCACAACUACCCAGGGGGCCGAGGAAUGCAGGAACUACACAAGCUGUUGCCAGUCACAGCAGAUGUCUUUGUUCAUAUUGACACAUAUGCUGCUGAAACUGGAGUAUCUCGCUUCUUAGAGCAGAACAGAACCUGGAGAUAUGACAAACGUGAGGACCUGAACCACACGAAUCCUGACAUGUGCAAAAUGUACUCCCACCUACUGAUGGAGGCUAAUGUCACCAAGAUACAGCUACUCCAGGACACCCAUCAGCCUCUGGCCUUCAUUGAAGGGUACAGCAACAUUGCCUUUGACGCGUUUCACUUUCCGCCUGUCAGUGUGCGAUUAGAGAGAAAAGCCGUGCUCAUGGAGAGAAAGAUUGCAACCGGACAACAAAAAGAGUGACUUUAACAGGAAUGUGUUGGAUUAAGGCAUUUUUAGUGACCAAAAAAAAUAAGACUAAAGGCGACCCAAAGCAGUGUUCUCAAGGGAUAUAAUGGGAUAGGUUGGAAUAUUAUUUGUAUGAAAAGAAUACCAUGGGUCCAUCAUGCGUCUCAUUCACCUACAGAUCUACUGCUGACAUGUGCUACCCAAGUAGAUAAAUCUGUUGCAUUGAACUGUCAUACAUCUUUUCUGAUGUUUGAAAUGGUUCUUUCUUCUCAUACUGAUGUGUAAUGCAUUACUUUUCUCAUGAAUAGCAAGCAAAGAAUUCCAUGUUUUCUUGCAGACAGGAAACCAUUAUCUCAGACAG